GUAUAUUUUUGCUCCAUGAGUGAGCGCGCGUUUUUGUUUGAAUUCAACUUAAAAAGAUAAUGGAUUUUUGCCUAUCCGCCGUUCCGUAUAUAUAAUUCGGCAUUUUUGCUUUUAUCUAAGGAGUUGAAUUUUUCGAUAGACCGGUGUGAGUGAGAUUUUUCGAAGAACUCGAAAACAUGCAAGCGCUGAGGUAUACUCGGGACACGGGCAAGCUCGAACUAUGCCGGGUUUCGAUUCCGGAAGUGACGGAAAGGGAUCAGGUGUUGAUAAAAAUCGCGUACUGCGGGAUAUGCGGGAGCGACGUCCACAUCAUCGAGGGUGAAAUGCCGUGCAGUCAGGACACGAAGACGCUGGGCCACGAGUUCUCCGGAACUGUGGUCAAAGUCGGACCGGGAGUCACGAACGUCACAGUCGGCGAUAACGUCACAGUCAAUCCCAACGAGGGAUGCAAUAAUUGCAAGCACUGCCACGCCGGAAAUCCCCAUUACUGCAGGCCGUGUCCUGGCGAACUAAAAAAUACCAUUGGUAUCCAGAGGAAUGGAGGUAUGGCCCAUUACGCGCUAGUUCCAAACAAUAGCGUCUUUGUAUUGCCCAAAGGGGUCAGCCUGGAGCAAGGGGUUCUAGCUGAACCACUUUCUUGCAUAUCCCACGGUUGGGACCUCCUCCUACCCGUACCCAUAGGGUCGAAAAUCCUCAUCAUAGGUGCGGGCAUCAUAGGCAAUCUUUGCGUUGCCCUUUUACAUCGCCAAGGAUACAAGAACGUUACCGUGUCAGAGCCGUGGCAAAGUAGAUUGGACUUACUUUCGAAACUAAAUACCGGCUACACUUUGUUAACCCCAAACGAACUGACCAAGAGGAGUCAAGAAAAUCCAGCUUACCUUUUCGACGUCAUUAUCGAUUGCAGUGGGAACUGUAAGGCUAUCGAACAAGCCUUCAAUUUACUGGAUUUGGGAGGAAAAUUAAGCUGUUUCGGCGUGGCACCAAGGGACGGUAGAAUUUCAAUAUCGCCUUUCGAGUUGUAUAGGAAGGAAGCCAAACUAGUAGGCGUCAACGUGAAUCCGUUUAGUUUUUUGAAAGCUUUCGAUUACCUGGAAUCCUUGGGAUCGCGAUAUUUAGACUACGAACGUCUCGGCAUCGAAGUGUUCUCUCUGGACGAUUACCAAGCCGCAUUGGACAAACUAAAGUCUGGAAAAAUCGCGAAAGCUGUAUUCAAAAUGUAAAGGACAAUAUAACAUGGA